CGGAGCGAGAAGAGAGACGAAGAAUUUCAUUGAAGAUUCAGAGAAAGGCUCCCAUUCACGUUCUUUAUCGAUUUCCCGAAGUUGCGUGAAGUGUUGACCUGGCGUAACAUGUGGCUCGUGUGGUAGGAUAUGCCGGCUUUCCCCGCCACUUCGUUAAACGCUAAGAAACGUUCGUCGUUACUAGUGUCACCGUCGAUGCACUCAGUUAUGCUAAAUCCGACCACACUGUUCUCGUUACUGACUCGUUGAAUUAUUUGUACCCGCGGUGAUUACAAAACGACAGGAAUUAAAAUGUUCUUGCCAAAGUAUAAUGUUACAAAAUAGGAAUAAUGCUGAACAGUAUAACAAAACACAUUUUACACUGUUGUGUAUUAUGUAUGGUUAUAAUUGUUCUUGAAUUAAUUACUGGUGGACUUAGUUGGGGCAUUGAUAGGAAAGAACAAUUAGACCCAUGGGUUCAAUAUGGAUUUGUUGGUGCAUUCACUUUGUACUUCUUAAGAACACUUACAUUUCUUUCUUUUCCUCAAGUUUUAUUUAACUUCGUUGGGUUGACAAUUUACAAUGCAUUCCCAGAUAAAAUUGUAUUAAAAGGUUCACCAUUACUUGCACCAUUCAUUUGUAUUAGAAUAGUGACACGUGGAAACUACCCAAAUUUAAUUAAAACAAACGUGAAGAAAAAUUUAGACAAGUGUAUAGAAACAGGUUUAGAGAAUUUUCAAAUUGAAGUAGUAAGUGAUAUACCAGUCGGAUUGCCUCUUCAUCGUAGAGUUAGAGAAGUUGUUGUACCACCAAAUUAUCGUACAAGCAGUGGUGCUUUGUUCAAAGCACGUGCUUUGCAGUAUUGCUUGGAAAGUUCAAUAAAUGAAUUAGCAGAUCAUGAUUGGAUUGUGCACCUUGACGAAGAGACUUUAUUGACUGAAAAUUCUGUCCGUGGAAUAUUGAAUUUUGUAUUGGAUGGAAAACAUCAAUUUGGACAAGGGCUAAUAACGUAUGCAAAUGAAGAUGUUGUUAAUUGGAUUACCACUUUAGCAGACAGUUUUAGAGUAGCAGAUGAUAUGGGAAAAUUAAGAUUACAAUUCACUAUGUUUCAUAAGCCAUUCUUUAGUAUGAAAGGUUCUUAUUUUGUUACUCAGAUGGGUGCAGAAAGACAAGUAUCUUUCAACAAUGGAUUGGAUGGAUCUGUAGCGGAGGAUUGUUUCUUUGCAAUGAAGGCAUUUACUCAAGGAUACACGUUUGAUUUUAUAGAUGGUGAAAUGUGGGAAAAAUCACCAUUUACAUUAUGGGAUUUUGUACAACAAAGAAAAAGAUGGUUACAAGGUAUAUUACUUGUCGUACAUUCCAAAGCAAUUCCAUUGAGUAAAAAGUUACUUCUAGGCAUAUCCUGUUAUGCAUGGGUAACAUUGCCUCUUUCUACUUCAAAUGUUAUAUUAGCUGGACUUUAUCCUAUUGUUUGUCCACAAUUUAUGGAUUUUCUGUGCACUUUCAUUGGUGCAGUGAAUAUUUAUAUGUAUGUUUUUGGAGUAUUUAAAUCAUUUUCUUUAUAUCGAUUUGGUAUUCCUCGAUUCAUACUAUGCAUAUGUGGGGCAGUAUCAACAAUUCCUUUCAAUUUGAUCAUCGAGAACGUUGCUGUCAUAUGGGGUUUAUUUGGUAAAAAACAUAAAUUUUAUGUUGUUAAUAAAGAAUACAACCCACGAUAAUAGAGUUAUAAAAUUUCUGUGUAUAUGGCAAUAAUAUGCUUAUAUGAGUGCUCAUGCAUCAUUAGUACCUGUAAGAUUAAAAUAAGUAGAGGUAUCUUUAUGUCACAAAGAGUUUAGUUAUAAUAUGAAUUAUAUGAUAUGUGCAUGUAGACUGCCUAAUAAUCAUUAGUUACAUUUAGAAACCAGUAUAUGUAUACAGAAUGGGGCAUUUAAAACAGUUCAUUUGUAUAACUUGUUUGCUUUUCACAAUAGAAAAAAAUGUGUCAAACAAAGUUGCUCAGUUUUAAUAGGCUCAUGAUAGCUUUGACUCUUUUUUUCUAUUGAGAAAAUUAAGUAAAUUAUUCAGUUAACCAAUUUUAAAUGCCCCACCAUGCAUAUAUAGAGCUAUUCAUAUAAACAAAUCAUUCACAAAUCAGCUAUUAAAUUAUUUAUUUAAAAGAGUUCAAAGCGUUAAAAACAUUCUUUAAAGUGUCAUGAGUUUUUUACUGUACCAUAAUUUAUAUAAAAUUUAAUAGAUAGAUAGAUAGAUAGAUUCAUAGAUAUUGUUUUCCAAAAUUGGAUUACAAAGAGACCGCUCCACAUACAAUCUUCCUGCAACUUAAAUUAAUAUAUACCAGUUGUAUAUAACAAAUUUUUAACAUAAACAUUAUUUAAUUACAAACGUAAAACUUAACUUAAACAAGGAAUAUACAUAUUCUUACAUCUACUAAUACAUACUCCUUUAUCUUUGGCCCACAUAUCACAUACUUAUACCUUUAUUUUUGGAAGAACAUCUAAUCCACCAGACUCACUCCCUCAAUUCCCUAUAUUUUCUCUUUUCUUCUCUCUAGCUUUUUCAGCCAUUCCUUCCCUUCUUCUCUUUUUCUUAAUGUACUCCCUAUGUUAAACUUCAUAAUUUUGAAUUUUAUCCCAUAAAACAUCAAUUUUUUAUCCUUUAACUAUCUCUCUAGCCUCUAACAUCCGUUGCAUUUCUUCCUCUUCCUCAGCUACUUUUUUCAUCAGCCUCUAAAAUUCCUGCAUACUUAUGCUUACUUAAAUUUUUGAACACAGUAUUU